UUUUGUUACUUUUCAGUCCCUAUUUGGAACUGCUCUCGCGGCAGUUCAGACCUCGUGCUUGUACCCCCUCGCCUGUCUGUGUGUGGUAUCCGCAGGUCCGGGGCACUUUUUGGCGUGUGUGUGUGUGUGUGUGUGUGUGUGUGUGUGUGUGUGGUGUUUAGGGGGUUUGUCGUGGCGCAGAGCGGAGGGCCGCGCCGGGGGAAGGAAGGAAGCCACAGCUCCUGGUCUCCGGCCGCGUCUCCCUCCUGCGUUCUGCCUGCGCGCUCCGAGGCCACUGUGGCGGCGCUGAGCGCUCCUCGCUGGGGACACGGCGUCGGAGCGGGGAGCCGCGAGGACCCUUUUGCGGAGGCUUUCGGUGCCGCUGGAAUUAAGAUGCCAGGUCCGCUGAUUUGCACCCACUGAGCCGGAGUUUUCUUCGCGGCCCUGGGAAGGGCUGGCUGCGGCGGCGGCGGCGGCGGCGGCAGCAGCAGUAGCAGACCGAGCAGCAGGCUCUCCUCUCCCAGGGGGGGGCGGCGGAGCGCCCGCUCCGGGCUCCCGCCCUCAGCCUCCAGCGUUCCUGAGGCCCCUACCCGCCGCCUCGGAGCUGGCCUUCUUCCUCUUCUCGCCGGCCUCUGGUUUGGACCCCAGCGCCACCAAUGCUGGGUCUGCCCCGGGGCGCUCCCAUCCCAUCUCAGUGAUUGGAGGGACCCACGCUUGCCCCUGGAGGGGCCCUGGCCUCGGGAGCCGUGCUGGACCCGCCGGGGAGGAGACCAUGUCCACGCAGCCCCCGGUUCUGACGCGCUCCUCGCAGAAGGGCGAAGGCAGCCGGCCACAGCCCGCCUAGUCCUAGGCUCACAAAGCCUGCGCCCGCAGCCCGACCGCGGUGCCCGCCGACGACUUUGCCGCCAGCUUCCCGGCUCUUUGUCUCCGCUUGGGUGGGCGCCCGACUCUGGGAUUUCGCUGUGAGAGCGGGCUGGGGGGGCCGGGGGCGAGCUCUCGGUUUGCCGGCCGCCCCCCGCUCGGGCUUGGCUCCCUCCUCCCCCGCGUCUCGCUGGCCCGGACUCUCGGCGCUUCCACUCUCUGCGAAUCACGACCCCUCCCUGCCAUGUAUCCGCAAGGCAGACAUCCGGCUCCCCAUCAACCCGGUCAGCCGGGAUUUAAAUUCACAGUGGCUGAGUCUUGUGACAGGAUCAAAGACGAAUUCCAGUUUCUGCAAGCUCAAUAUCACAGCCUCAAAGUGGAAUACGACAAGCUGGCGAACGAGAAGACGGAGAUGCAACGCCAUUAUGUGAUGUACUAUGAGAUGUCCUAUGGCUUGAACAUUGAAAUGCACAAGCAGACAGAGAUUGCGAAGAGACUGAACACAAUUUUAGCACAGAUCAUGCCUUUCCUGUCACAAGAGCACCAGCAGCAGGUGGCGCAAGCUGUGGAACGUGCCAAGCAGGUCACCAUGACGGAGCUGAAUGCCAUCAUCGGGGUACGUGGACUCCCCAAUCUGCCUCUCACCCAACAGCAGCUCCAGGCGCAGCACCUCUCCCAUGCCACGCAUGGCCCCCCGGUCCAGUUGCCACCCCACCCAUCAGGCCUCCAGCCUCCAGGGAUCCCCCCGGUGACAGGGAGCAGCUCAGGGCUACUGGCACUUGGAGCCCUGGGCAGCCAGGCCCACAUGACAGUGAAGGACGAGAAGAACCACCAUGAACUGGAUCACAGAGAGAGAGAAUCCAGUGCGAACAACUCGGUGUCACCCUCGGAAAGCCUGCGGGCCAGUGAGAAGCACCGGGGCUCUGCAGACUACAGUAUGGAAGCCAAGAAGCGGAAGGCUGAGGAAAAGGACAGCCUGAGCCGAUACGACAGUGAUGGGGACAAGAGUGAUGAUCUAGUGGUGGAUGUUUCCAAUGAGGACCCAGCAACACCCCGGGUCAGCCCAGCACACUCCCCUCCUGAAAAUGGGCUGGACAAAGCCCGUGGCCUGAAAAAGGAUGCCCCCACCAGCCCCGCCUCGGUGGCCUCCUCCAGCAGCACACCUUCCUCCAAGACCAAAGACCUUGGCCAUAAUGACAAAUCCUCCACUCCUGGGCUCAAGUCCAACACACCCACCCCGAGGAACGAUGCCCCAACUCCAGGCACUAGCACGACUCCAGGGCUCCGGUCGAUGCCAGGCAAACCUCCGGGCAUGGACCCGAUAGGUAUAAUGGCUUCAGCCCUGCGCACGCCCAUCUCCAUCACCAGCUCCUACGCAGCGCCCUUUGCCAUGAUGAGCCACCACGAGAUGAAUGGCUCCCUCACUAGCCCCAGUGCCUACGCCAGCCUCCACAACAUCCCGCCCCAGAUGAGUGCGGCUGCCGCCGCCGCCGCUGCCGCCUAUGGCCGAUCGCCAAUGGUGAGCUUUGGAGCUGGCUGGCCUUGUUUUGCUUUACAGGUUGGUUUUGAUCCUCACCCCCCCAUGCGGGCUACAGGCCUGCCCUCAAGCCUCGCCUCCAUUCCUGGUGGAAAACCAGCCUACUCUUUCCAUGUGAGUGCUGAUGGGCAGAUGCAGCCUGUGCCCUUUCCCCACGAUGCCCUGGCAGGCCCCGGCAUCCCCAGGCACGCCCGGCAGAUCAACACACUCAGCCAUGGGGAGGUGGUAUGUGCCGUGACCAUCAGCAACCCCACGCGGCACGUCUACACAGGUGGCAAGGGUUGUGUGAAGAUCUGGGACAUCAGCCAACCAGGCAGCAAGAGCCCCAUCUCCCAGCUGGACUGCCUGAACAGGGACAACUACAUCCGCUCCUGCAAGCUGCUCCCCGAUGGGCGCACGCUCAUCGUGGGCGGCGAGGCCAGCACGCUCACCAUCUGGGACCUGGCCUCACCCACACCUCGCAUCAAGGCCGAGCUGACGUCCUCCGCCCCUGCCUGCUAUGCCCUGGCCAUCAGCCCUGAUGCCAAAGUCUGCUUUUCCUGCUGCAGUGAUGGGAACAUUGCUGUGUGGGACCUGCACAACCAGACGCUCGUCAGGCAGUUCCAGGGCCACACAGAUGGGGCCAGCUGCAUAGACAUUUCCCACGAUGGCACCAAACUGUGGACUGGGGGGCUGGACAACACUGUGCGCUCCUGGGACCUGCGGGAGGGCCGGCAGCUGCAGCAGCAUGACUUCACCUCUCAGAUCUUCUCGCUGGGUUAUUGCCCCACUGGGGAAUGGCUGGCCGUGGGCAUGGAGAGCAGCAAUGUGGAGGUGUUGCACCACACCAAGCCGGACAAGUACCAGCUGCACCUGCACGAGAGUUGCGUGCUCUCCCUCAAGUUUGCCUACUGCGGCAAGUGGUUUGUAAGCACUGGGAAAGAUAACCUUCUUAACGCCUGGAGGACACCGUAUGGAGCCAGCAUAUUCCAGUCUAAGGAAUCCUCGUCUGUCUUGAGUUGUGACAUUUCAGCGGAUGACAAAUAUAUUGUAACAGGCUCUGGUGACAAGAAGGCCACGGUUUAUGAGGUCAUCUACUAAGCAAGAACUCUAACAGGGCUGUCAAACUCUGGGAGAAACAGACUCGACUGUGACAGGGAGAUCCUGGUGCGGGCCCCCCAGGAAGGCGAGGCCGGAGCAGCCGAGCGUUCCGCUGCGCGGUGGCAGGCUGGGCGGUUGCCGGCACUGUGCGGCUCCGGGCCGAGGUGACGUGUCCCACAGACUCCGAUGGAUUUCUCUCCUCUUCCCCAUCACCGUGCUGGCAGAUGCUACUAAUAGAUGUAUGUGGAGGCUCAUGGCUCCAGCUCCCCAAAGACACCCUCGUGAAUCUCUAUCUUUCCUUACCCUUUCUUUUGACCCGUCCCCUGACCUGGGUUGGGGACACUGGAGUGGACCACAUACCUGUGCCAGGGAUGGGGAUCUUAUUUUCUCGCUUGUGCAGCGCACAAGAUUUGUGAAAAAUGUAAAUAACGGACUCCUAUCUCAGACUGGUCAGUGGGGAAGGAGGCUCCUUCUCACCAGAAAUGCUAGCCGUGUAUUUCGCCUGCUGUAUUUGUAAUCCACUCAUGGUGGUGGUGUUUUGUGUUCUCUUUUUAACAGAAGUUUCCAGUUCCCUCCUGGGAGGGGCAUCAGUGAGGGGGAGAAAUGGGAGAGAAAUCCUGGGGUGGAGAAAGGGAACUGCAGCUGGUAACCAGACUGACCAGUCGGGUCCCUUGGAAUGAGGGUGCCUCCAGGUGGCCCUGGGAUGGUCCCAGGAGGGUCAAGACCACGCCAGACAGAGGACAGUCAGUGCCUGAGGUGAGCCCGGCCAGAACUGAGGGCACAGCGCCUGUCAGAUUUUUCUGUGGCCGCCCUUGCUGCCUGGCUCCUGUCACCCUCUCUCAGGGCUCUGACUAGCUCACUCACUGUCCCUGCCUCCAUCUCUUUGGUGCACAGGUGGUCAUGUUGGGAAAUGGAGUUCAGAGGAACUCCCUCUUCAGCCCUUCUUAAUCUGCAGACAAAACCUAAAAAGGACAGAAAGUUAGAGGAAAGCAUAGCAACUCAGCUCAGGGAGCUACCAGAGAAAAACAGCAACUGAUGUGGGUGCUUUUUUUUUUUUUUUUUAAUUUGAAUAAAGAGUUAGAAGUGACGUCCUUUUAUAAAAUGCCUUCUCCCCUUUCCUGCCUGUGACCCGUCCCUCCUCCACCCCCAAGGGAAAGUGUAUUUAAUCUGCGGGAUUGAGUCUGGCAGGGCUGCAGGCGCUGAGGACACUAGGAGGUGGGUGGGGGCACCGAUGUCCUGGCACCCUGGUGACUUUUGCAGCUUUCAGUCUCUUGAGCCCAAACAGGUUACAAGUAGAAUAUUGUCUCUUGCAAGUACCCACUUUUUGUUACCAAAAUGUUCCAAGGAGUUUGGCUGUUUUUUUCUUUUUUCCUUCUUUUAAGGAAAAGCUAAAGGCCCUUUGAGUCCUGGUGGUGGGCUCUCCAUGGAUGUAAGUGUAUGGAAGAUAAUUUUUAUACUGCAUUUUUAUGACUUAUUUUAUAAUGUGUAAUUCUGUCUGGUGGGAAGGAAGGAGGAGCUCUGGUGAAAACUGCCUGUAUUCAGUGAUCUUGCUCCUAGGCCAGCAGCUCCUGUGACGUGAUGAGGAGGCCAUGGAGGCUGGCCAGGCACCCAUUACCUUUCUGAGGUUGGGGAGUGUUGGCUAGAAUCUGUCUCUCCCUGUGUCUCUGUCUCUGUCUCUCUCUGUCUCUGUCUCAGCUGUUCAUCUGCCACUGUUGUUAAGGCUGUAGCCACAAGGGAGGGUGAGGGUAGAAGUUGAUUCCUGAAGAAAGAAGAAAAUGAAAAGUAAUUGUAAUGAGCUGUUUUUAUAUUUUUAAAAGUUACUAUUUAAAGGUU